CUCAAACUCAGGACAGACUUAAUAACAGCCGGACAUCAGGGCACCACGUGACACUGUGUCUGAUUUGAAGUGAGCGCUGUGAAGAGCGAGGGUCCCACAGCAGCGAGGCGUUUGUAGUGACAUAAAGUGCUUCUCUGAGUGUGUUUCGCUGGACGAUAAACUUAUGCCAUUAGUGGCAAAGGUAAGGCGAAGCUGCAAAUGGGCGGCAUAGGCGGGAACCUUUACCUCAGCAUGUUGAAUGGGACUGAAACACAAACUUUCGGGAAGAGUCCGGCUGACAUUCACCUGCACCGCGGCGGGAAGGACCUAAGCGACUUCAAAAUGGGCAUCCAGGAGCCCCGCUUUUACUACACAGACGGAGUCCAGGGCGGACAGGACGCGUUGACUUUGCCCUUUCACUCAGAACAAACUGUGGGUGGCUACGGGGGGCAGCCCACCCGCUUUUACGCUCAGUCCCUCAGUAGCUGUCCAUACGGAGAGGUGCGGAGGAGUGGGAUAGCGGCACACGCGCAGGGGUACAUCCCCGCUCCAACCCCGGGCGACGGGUUUUCAGCAGGGGGCAAAGACGUUUACCACCCAUCUUCUCCUGAAUACUCCAGCAGCUUCCAGCACGGCUUCCAGCGGCCGCCGCUCUACCCGCUCCCAGGGCUGCAGGUCUGUGGAAAGACGCAGGCGCUGCUCAAUAAUUACCCGCUAUGGGCCAAGUUCCACAAGUUUCAGACCGAGAUGAUUAUCACCAAACAGGGCAGGAGGAUGUUUCCUUUCUUGAGCUUCAACAUCAGUGCUCUGGAUCCUUCCGCUCAUUAUAAUGUCUAUGUGGAUGUGGUUUUGGCUGAUCAGCACCACUGGAGGUACCAAGGAGGCAAGUGGGUCCAGUGCGGCAAGGCAGAGGGCAGCAUGCCAGGAAACCGGAUGUACAUGCACCCAGACUCUCCCAACACUGGAGCUCACUGGAUGAGACAGGAAGUGUCCUUCAGCAAACUCAAACUCACCAACAACAAGGGCAGCACCAAUAAUGUGGCACAGAUGGUGGUGCUGCAGUCGCUCCACAAGUACCAGCCUCGUCUUCACAUCGUGGAGGUGAAGGAGGAUGGAUCCGAGGACCCCUUCCUCUCGUCCAAGGCCCAGACGUUUGUGUUUCCUGAGACGCAAUUCAUCGCUGUCACUGCUUAUCAAAACGCAGAUAUCACUCAACUGAAAAUAGACCAUAACCCCUUCGCUAAAGGUUUCCGAGACAAUUAUGACACUUUAUACGCCCCUCCUGACUCAGACCGCCUCACCCCUUCUCCCUCCGAAAACCAGCAGCUGUUGGCGGGCACCUGCUACCCUCCUCAGGGCUACCAUCUCACGGAUCAGUACAUGAGCCCUCUGCCCCAAAGCCGCUUCUUCAGUCGGGACGCAUUGGGUGGCAUGGGUCAGCAGUCUAAAGACCCCUCCUCUUCAAGCCCGGGACCCCAUAGCCGCUGGUACCAACCCCCGAAUCGUCUUGACUUCACGUCCUCGUACGAAGGGGAAUUUUCAAAUGGUUUCUACAAGCCCUUUCCUUUGCAAACGUCCCCGCACCACCCACUCAGUUAUUACCCUGAUCACACAUUUGGGGGAGGUAGUGUUUCAGUAUCAGGCCCUGUUGCACCAGGAUGGGGCGCAAAUCGACCCUUUACCCAUUCGAGUAAACCUCCAUCCACUUUAGGCUGGUUUAGACCGAUAUCAUCCUCGUCCUCAUCUUCGUCUUCCUCAAUAUCACCUGGGAACCCAAGACUCCACCCGUCUUCACUGCUGGAACCCCUCCCUCUGCCUUUGCAACAGAACAAGUCUAAAGAUGUCGGAGUGAGAGAGGAGACGUGGUUAGAACCAGUUUCUGUUAAAUCUGCAGACUCGAUGGACUCAGGUUUGUUUGAAAGUGGAGUUUCGGACAAUAAGAAAAGAAGGGUCUCUCCGUACGCGUCCAGCACUGAAAACUCCCCUCCGUCCCGUGCUGGAGAGGACAACAACAGUGACGUAGACUAUUACGGCUACUACACGCACUGAGGACCUGAAACUAAGCCUAUUUUGGUGUUUAUCUUUUUCCUGUACACACAAACUCAAAUGUGACUCACUCAAGCCAUAGUUAAGUGCUAAGGUUAAGCAGAAUACUAGCCUGGCCAGUUUGACCCAUUCUCUUUCAUUAACAAGUAAAGUCAGUCUGGAAUCCUUUCACACUAAAAUCCUGUCCAUGGGUUUUGGAAAGAUGAAAAAUUAGGACAGUUGCCAUAGUGAUAAAUAAUUUUGAAAGAAAAUGUUAUAUCUGUGUGAAUAUGGAAAGUCCUGAAAUAGUCACAGAGUGGUAACCCAUGAAUAAGAUCCAUGCAGAUUUGAAUGCAAAUCUUAAAUGUGUUAGAAUAUUCAAACUUGGGUACAACUUUGAGUACGGUGCUACUGAUCCAACAUUUGAAGGUUUAAGCAUUGUUUUGUUUCUUCGAUCAUUUCAUAUUUUGUUGCUCUUCAAUAAAAACAAAAUAUAUACACAUACUGGGACUGACUGACCAGGCUAAAAAAAUGCAACCAUCAAAAGGCUUUGUCAAAGUGUCAAAAGAUAACAUAAGUUUUCAAGAUUUAUGUCAGAGUUAGUUUACAGAAACAGAUCACGAAGAAGUGCCCGGUCUUGCCCCACUGUCCUAGAGGCACAUAAACACCUCACCUGUGACUUUCCAAACGUGUAAAUUUAAAAAAACAUGAUAUUUGUAUCUCUGAGCCUGACAGCCACCCUGAGGAAAUUGUCCCUUUCUUCAUACAUCAAAAUGUCUGUCUGUGUAGUUUCAUCCGUCCCUUGUCUUUUAACUCAAAACCACAGUUCACAGUUAUUCAGCGCUGACUCCCACAAUAUGCAGGUAUUCAUUUCUCCAUUUCCCCCUCAUGAUUUUGCAGCAAUAGUGAUACAUUUCGUAUAACAACUCACUAAGAUGCUAAGCAAGAUGGCGUCCACUAGUGGUGAGGUAAAGGAACUUGAAGUUGAAAGCACAGACUUAAGAUUAAUACAGGAAUUCUGGGCUGGAUGAUAGAUAGAAGAGUUUCAGGACUAAUUAUAUAGGCAACAUUAAAAUAGCCCCCAAGAAGAUUAGAAGUAAUAUUGUUCAUUUAGAAAAAGACAGAAACACAAGUCAUAUUUUAUUACUUUACAUCCACUGUCACGUUUUGCUUUUUUAAACUCUCAAUGGUGCAAAUACUUAACCAAUGCAGUAUGUAAAUUUAUACAAUAUGUUACAAAUGCAAAAGACAAAAUCACUGCCCUUUGCUUAGGUGAAGUUGGGGGUUUCUUGCAAAUCUGUACUUCCAGUCAAAACAUCACUUUCAAUUGGAUACACACCUAAGCAACGGUACACUAAUGUCCCCAUAUUUACCCUCUGCAUUUGACCCAUCCUGGAUUAAAGCACAUGUGACAAUAGCAGGUGAUGUGUUAAAGUGGGUCAUUGAAAGGGGCUGCAUUUGUAGGUAAAUAAAGAGGACAGUGUCGCCUUCACAGCAACAGGAAGAACAGGAAGCUUGGAGUGACCAGGCGUCUCCCCCCAUAGACUCCACCAUGACGUGACACAAGUCGGCCCUGAUCAGAGAACUGCCCCUCACAUGCUGCAGGUGCGCCAGCUGCCCCUGACAUCACUGGGGGCAGAUAACCACAUUCUAAAGCUAAAAGAACAGAUAAAGUAGGCUUAUGCAGUGUAUGGGUGUUCGUUUGCCACACAAUGCAAGGGACAGACAAAUCAUGAUGGGGGUUUAAAAUGUGCCAUAAAGCAGGACAAUCAACCUCAAGUGUGCUCUGUAAAAUGUGGUAACACUUUAAAAUAACUACACAUUAAUUGACCUUAAUAAAGCAUAAACAAAGAAGCCAAAAUUGUUUAUUCUGGCUUAGUAACUACUUAAUUAAUACCCUAACCUUUUAAUUAACUAGCUGCUAAGCCUGUAUCGUUCCUAAUAAACAACUUUUUCAUUAGUAAGUAUGUUUUUCUUCAUUGUUUAUUAAUGGCUAAUUCAGGUGUAGUUAUAAAGUGGUACCAAAAAUGUAAAUUCUUUUUUCAAUAAUGUCAGUUUUUAUAUUGAUACCCUAUUUCAAAAAGCAAUUGAAUAUUUUGUGACAAUUAAAUGCUGAGAAUAGUAUGAUGUGAUUGGACCCAUAUGUAAGUUGUGUAUUAUCUAUUAUCUGAUAUAAUAAUGAAAUCUGAGGAACAUGUAAAUAAAGUGCGACUAACUAAUUGGAUCUAAGGGUUAUUUAAAUAUGCACUGAUGGAUAAGUGCAGUGUGUUGUGGAUCAACACUGAUGCUGAUUUUGAAAUGAUAAAGGCCUGACACCUGCUGGUGAGCUCCAGUAUUACAGCAAAUUGUUCCAUACCUUAAAUGUAAUGUUCAAAUCCUUCCAUGUCUUCUGUUUGUUUUUUACCCCUUUGUUCACUCAGUUUAAAAUGAGGCCACAUACAGGCUUUAAUAUCAGGGAUUUAAACUGUAAAUUAGUAAAUACAGAACAGGGUAAAGUCAAGUGUGACGCAUGUUAUUUUUGUGAGUGAUCGAUGUGCACUGUUAAUGUCCAGGAAAAACUGCCAAUUAUAUUCACCAGUACAGAAGAGGGCUGUACAUAUAUGUGCAGCAAUGUGAAGGGGAAUAGUUGUUAUCACACACAUAUUUUAAUUUAAUUUGCUUAAUUACAAUGCAAUUUUUGAAGUGAAACUGUAAUUUAUUUAAAGUGGCAACUGUAUAUUGUAUUGUUCUUUUUAUUAAUAAAAUUAAUUAAUAAUACC